GAAUGUUGUUUGAUUAAAAUUCUAAAAAUUCGGCAUAGUAUUCUCCUUGCGAGUUAAAUUUAGUUUUAUCCACUUAAAGUACAUAUAUGUAAUUAAAAUAGCUUUUGUGAAAUGUCGUUGGCUAUCCGCAAACCGUGUCUUGACAUUUUCUCUGCAGGAAAAUGGAUCUUACGAAGAGAUUGUCGUCUUUUAUCUACACUUCCUGAAAAGGUAGAGGUAGUUGAAGAAGAAAAGGAAAAGAGACCUGCGAGUCGUAAGCAAAGGUUUAAUAAUCCUAUUCUUGAAUAUAGACAUUUGUACCCCGAGUUUCUUCCGGAUCCUAAUCCGAAAUGGCGAAACAGCUUACGUGAAAAGAUGGAAAGGGCAGAUAUGCUCAAAAGAAGAAGUCAAAUUGAUAUACCAGAAUUUUAUGUAGGCUCAAUAUUGGCAGUGACUAUAUCAGAUCCACAUGCUCAGGGCAAAACAAACAGAUUUGUUGGCAUCUGUAUUGAGCGCAAGGGAUGUGGUCUCAGAGCAGAGUUCAUAUUAAGGAAUGUUAUUGAUCAUCAAGGAGUUGAGGUCAGAUAUGAGCUGUAUGAUCCUACAAUACAAUCAAUACAAGUGCUCAGGCUAGAGAAGAGACUCGAUGACAAACUGUACUACUUGCGUGAUGCUCUACCAGAGUACUGCACCUUCCCUCAGGACAUGGAUCCAGAAAUAUUGCCAGAAGGCACCCCUGUACCUAUCAAUCCUGUUCAGGUAAAGUUGAAACCAAGGCCCUGGCUUGAAAGAUGGGAGAGACAAGAGUUGAAAGGCGUCUCUAACAUUGAAGAGCACUUGAAGGAAAAGGACAGAGUGAGGAGAGAAUUAAGAAAAACACCAUGGGAGAAAUAUGAUUUAAUGAAACAGUACAGGAAAACUAUACCUGCUGAAGAUCAAACAGAAAUAUGGAGUGAAGUGUAUAGCCAACUGCAACAGAUGCGCGUUUCCCGCAAGAAGUUAACAAGAAAACGUCCGUUUGCUGCGCCUAAGCCGCAACUUGGCUAAUAACGACCUAUAGUUUAGGUAGACUUGUUUAUGUUAAAUAAAUUAGAUGUAAUUUAAAAAACUGGUUUUAUUCUAAG